UGCUCUACUCCCAGCGUCGAAGACUGGAUUUACAAAGAAGUAGCACUAUAUUAGAAUUGAACUGGGAACCCUGUAUAACUACGCCUGCUGGAUGCAUUUGCUUCAUGGGACACAUUUUACGGGACUUCCAUAAGAUGCUAUGGAAAUCUGUUGACAAUUGACCGUGCCACUGGCUCAAGGGAAACCAGAGUACGUACGUGGGGUGUGCAGGGAAAUACCCCAAAAUGGCCGCCCAUCGAAUCCGAGCAACCAACCACAACAAUAUAGCCCUCCCACGCUGCAGGUCGGAGGGGACACUCAUAGACCUCAGCGAUGGAGUGAAUGAAGCCAGUCUAACUGAUGUCAAAGUGCCUUCUCCCAGUGCCUUAAGAUUGGAUGCCACCGCCUCCUUCGGCACAGCAAGGGAAGUUGUUGCCAUUAAGGAUUACUGUCCCUCCAGCUUCACCACUCUGAAGUUUUCCAAAGGAGACCGUCUUUUUGUGCUGGACACAUCGGGUGGAGAGUGGUGGUAUGCCCACAAUAAAACAGAGAUGGGUUACAUCCCAGCAGCCUAUGUCCAGCCAAUAAACUACAGGGACUCUUCCUUCAGUGACAGUGGAAUGAUCGAUAGCUUAGGAGAUAGCAGCGAGGAAGCAGCCAAGGAAAUGGACCUCCUUGGCGAGUGGACGGGUGUGUUCCUGAAACCAACGGCCUUACAAAAUGGAAAUCCCUUUGCAGCCACCCGGACCUCCACCAACCCCUUUCUCAAUGGGACCCUUCAGGGUUCUCUGGAUCAGAACAGUAACGAGAAACCGGUUGACCUUCUCUUUUUCGAUACCAUGGCACCCUCCAUGCCAAACUCCACCAGCAGCACUAUUAACAUCAACGGCUUUGGCAGUGGGAUCUUUGAUUUAAAUCCCAUCAGCACCAACCUUGGGGGUGGUCAGACAUUACGCAGGGACAACCCUUUUUUCAGGAGCAAAAGAUCCUACAGUCUCUCUGAGCUUUCCAUCCUGCAAGCUCAGUCCGAUGGCCCUCAGGUGUCUUCAGGUUUCUUCGGGGGUCUUAAAGCUCCGGUGCCAGAAGAGUUCAAGAGCAGAGAAGACUUCCGAGAAGCCUGGUUGAACCACCGAAAGCUGGCCAGGUCCUGCCACGAUCUAGACUCCCUAGGCCAGAACCCUGGCUGGGGACAAACACAGCCGGUGGAAACAAACAUAGUGUGUCGUUUAGACAGUUCCGGAGGGGCGGUUCAACUCCCUGACACCAGCAUCAGCAUCCACAUACCUGAGGGUCACGUCAUCCCAGGAGAUACCCAGCAGAUCUCCAUGAAGGCUCUACUGGACCCUCCCUUGGAGCUCAACAAUGACCGUUGCACCACCGUCAGCCCUGUGGUGGAGAUCAAACUGAGCAACAUGGAAACCAAAACCACCGUUACCCUUGAGAUGAAAGUUUCAGUUGUGGUGAAGGUUGAAAGUAGACAAAACACUGAGAUCAUGUGUGUUCGGAGUGACUGCAAAGAGGGCCCCUACACGCCAAUAUCACAAGCGUACUUGUUCGGUGACACCGUCCAGGUCUGUCUGGAUAACCUUGAGCCAUGCAUGUAUGUGUCUGUUGUGGUUCAGUCUAAGAUGUUAUCGCCUGAAAGCACAGUUUGGGAACAUGUGGUGAAGAAGGUCACUCUCGGUGUCUACGGGCCAAAGCACAUUCAUCCCUCCUUCAAAACUGUUGUGGCUUUCUUUGGCCAUGACUGUGCACCAAAGACGUUGUUGGUCAGUGAUGUGGGAAAGCAAGCCCAGUCUACACCACCUGUUGCUCUCCAGCUCUGGGGUAAACAUCAGUUUGUCCUGUCCAGACCUCAAGACCUUCAGUUUGGAGUUUACUCCAACAUGGCCAACUAUGAGGUUAAGGCCAGUGAACAGGCAAGAGUAGUCAGGGGUUUCCAGGUCAAACUAGGAAAGGUUAGCCGGCUUGUCUACCUAAUAUCGUCUCGGAGUACUGAUGAUGUCUCCGAUUUCACCUUGAGGGUUCAGGUCAAAGACGACCAUGACUGUAUUCUUGCCCAGUUCUGUGUUCAAACGCCAACACCACCGCCCAAAACUGGUCCACGAACCUCAGCACAAAGGCGCUUCCUGAAGAAGAAGGAAGUAGGUAAGAUUGUCCUGUCGCCACUGGCCAUCACAACUAAGUAUCCAGUGUUCCAGGACCGCAGAAUCAACAACCUGAAGUUUGGGAAACUGAUCAAAACCGUCAUCCGCCAGACAAAAAACCAAUACCUACUGGAGUACAAAAAGGGGGACUUUGUUGCCUUGUUGAGUGAGGAAAAAAUAAAGCUAAAGGGCCAGUUGUGGACUAAGGAAUGGUACGUUGGAUACUAUCAGGGUAGGAUGGGGUUUGUCCAUGCAAAGAAUGUUCUGGUGGUGGGGAAAGUGAAGCCCAUUUACUUCAGUGGAGCUGAAUUGACAACCACACUUCUACUGGAACAGAUCCUGAAACCUUGCAAAUUCCUUACCUAUAUCUAUGCCUCUGUGAGGACGAUACUGAUGGAGAACAUAGGCAGCUGGCGGGCGUUUGCCGAUGCCCUGGGUUACGUCAACUUACCAUUGACACACUUCUGCCGCGCCGAGCUGGACAGUGAACCUGAAAGGGUGGCGUCUGUGCUCGAGAAACUGAAGGAAGACUGCAACAACGCAGAAGGCAAGGAGAGGAAGUCCUUCCAGAAGGAACUCCUGACUGCCCUGCUGAAGCUGGACUGCCAGGGCUUGGUGGCGAGGCUGGUGAUGGACUUUGUGCUGCUGACCACAGCAGUAGAGCUGGCGGGGCGCUGGAGGGAGCUCGCUGAGCGCCUGGCCAAGGUGUCCCGCCUGCAGAUGGACGCUUACGAGGCGCCACAUAGAGACAGGAACGGAGUGGUGGACGUAGAGGCCAUGUGGAAGCCGGCAUAUGACUUUUUGGUGACAUGGGCUGCCCAGAUAGGGGACAGCUAUCGGGAUGUGAUCCAGGAGCUCCACCUGGGCCUGGACAAGAUGAAGAACCCCAUCACCAGGCGUUGGAAGCACCUGACUGGCACCCUCAUCCUGGUCAACAGCCUGGACGCACUCCGAAGCUCCGCCUUCAGCCCCAUCUCUCAAGAUGACUGUGCCAUGUAAACUUCAAUCAAAAUCAGCCCCUCCCUGAACACCGUCACCUGUAGCUGUCAUCCUACUGGCUCUGCCACUCGACCUCUGAUUAUUUUGCUAAUCCACUCCCCUCCUUCUUCUUCCUUGGAGUUACUACACUUAAGUGCCCCGCUCCCCCCCAAACCCAUUGAAUACCACUACAUCCUCCCCUCCUAAACAACUUCUCUUCAUAAACCUCCAGUUGCUCACUUCCACACCCCUCGAGUCUUGGCCUGUCAGUAUUCAGACUUUUUUCUGGUGUUUGUGCAUAGUGUGUAUUUUUUUACUUCCAAUAUGGCAGUUUUUGUAAAGACACUUUGACACCUUUUGCUGUAAACUGGGAGCUGAGCAAAUCACUAACAAAUCACUUUUGUCCUUGUAAGCCCUGUGUGUUUGUCAGAGUGGUAAGUACAGAAUGUUUAUUUAAAAGCCUCUGAUUUAGUUCUGAUGAAAGGACUCAUUGUCUAGGGUUUCCUUCUACGGGGGUCCGUUUGAUGUCACAGUUAUUUUGUGUGAAUGAAAUUGCAACAUUUGAACGUAAGACAUCUUUUUGUUCUUAGUCAACAUUCAAUAAAUAUAUUUUAUGUAUUCUUUGUUACUGUCAGCCAUAUGGUUGACAUGUUUCUUGCCAUUUUGGAAUUUUUGUACCAAAGCUUGUAAAAAAUUAUAUUGCUCUCUCUAUAUAUAAAUAUAAAUAUGUACACCGAUACAGACUUUCUAUGUCAAGCCACUGAUGUUACAAUGCCAACUAUGUGUUAAGCGUUCUGGAUCAUUUGUUUUGUCCGUUAUUUCUGUAUGUCUUAUUGGUGCUUUUGCAGUUUACUGAUUUAUUUCAUUUCUUUCCCCCAACUGCAUACUUGUGGAGAAGAAAAUAUAAAUAAAAUAAAAUGUAAAUAUUUGUACACAUA